GCCACCGUGGAACAGACAUGGCUCCUAUCUGUGUCAGCUUCUGUCCAUUUGGGACGUUGUGAUGGGAGUCCUCGUCGAGCUUUGUUUUCCAGUCACCGGAAACAUCGAACUGUUAAAUCUACUUUACAUUUAUAGAGACGAAACUUAAACCCAGGAUGUGCUCCGUCCUCGGAUGUAGCUCGUGGCGUCGCGGUGCGCAACGGUUCAAGUUACCGGAGGAUCCAGAGAGGAGGCUGGAGUGGGUCCAGUUCAUUCUGGAAGUCAACGGUCAGCGGCUGAAAGAAUCGUCCUGGACUGAUAUCACCAUCUGCAGACACCAUUUCACUGAGGACUGUUUCAUAAACCAGACUCAAAGCGGGACGGUCCAGCUGAAGUCCGGUGCUGUCCCAUCACUGUGUGUCAAGUCAGACCCCGACGAGCCUGAACCGGAUCCGGAGCCUAUAGAAACCAGAGAAGCUGCUUCUCAGUGCGAUCAGCCUGAAACAUGUGAUAGUCCAUCUUCCUCCUCUGAAGAAUCAGAGCAAUUUUCAAACGCUGCCCAAGGAAGCCCCGCACCAUGUGAAGCUUCAGACGUGGUCAUGCCUGAUAAUGGUCAGAUGCUGCAAAACAUUGAAAACUUUGAUAUGAUCAGGAAAAAAGCUGCACUUCUGCAGAUGAAAGGGAAGUACGUUGUGAACGAGAAACGUCUCCUCCAGUUGUUCAGCCACAAGUGCCCGUUGUGUGGCUCUAAAUUAAAGAUGGAGAAGGUCACCUAUGGGGUGGUCAUCAUCUUGAACCAACAGUGCCUCAAGUGUAAAUACAGACACCAAUGGAAAAACCAACUCAAUGCUAAAGCCCCAACAGGUGAAGAGCAAGACCUGAUGGAAGUAGUGGAAGUAGACUUAACUCCAGAGGGCCAACAGACAACCGAUGAUAUCACAGGCGUGUCUGAGAUUGUCACUGUUAUCGGUGAGAGGGAUGAUUCCAUGGAUGAAACGGAGGAAUCGGGCAACGAAGGUGAAAUGGAUUCAGACGAGGAUUGGAAUCCAGCGGACAGGAUUUCAUUGGCUUCCAAGCUUCGUGAUAAAACUAAGGAGGAAAGUGAAGAUGAAGAGGAAGAGGAAGAUGAAGAUGAAGAGGAGAAGCAAGAAUAUGAUGACUAUCCUCCACUCCCCCUCAGAUUCAGUCAGCUCUGCACAGAGUGUGGAAAGUUUGUGAAUAAACACAAGCCUCACACGUGUGAGCACAAAAUUAAACCCUAUGCUUGCAAUAUAUGUGGAAAAAGAUGCGUUAGCGAGAACGCGCUGAAUUUUCACAGCAGAGUCCACGACGAAAACUAUGAAUAUCAAUGUAAAUUCUGCCAUGCUACAUUCAAAACAAAGGCGGGUAAAUUCACCCACGAGCAGAUCCACAUAACUCAAGGAAGACCGUAUAAGUGUCCUGACUGCUCAGAGACAUUUGCCACAAAUAAAGAACGUGCAGUCCACCUGGAGGAACACAGAGGCCCCCGACAGGUGGAGUGUCACAUCUGUGGCAUUGAAUUCCGUUCGCCACCUUAUCUCCAGAGACACCUAGCUGUGCACACGGGAGUGAAGCCGUUUAAGUGUUCAGUGUGCCAGCGCGGCUUCAACCAGGCAGGUCACCUGAAAUCCCACAUGCGUCUGCACACAGGAGAGAGGCCUUUUAAGUGUCAGCAUUGUGACAAAUGCUUCAAUCACAACGUGAGCUUGAAGAGUCACGUCCAGCGUUACCACUCAUCCAAUCCUGCACCUGAACGGAAGAAGGGUAAAAGAAAGAAAACUGUGAGCGACGCUGCUGAUGCUCAGGAGAAUGGGAACAAGAGAGGUGGAGAUUCAGGGCUCAACAAUGUAGAAGAAGAACAAGACACAGAGGAGGAAGUGCAGGAGAUAAUAUGCAGACCUCUGAAUAAAAGUAGAAGCACAGGUAGACCCAUAGGUAGGCCUAAGACGAAAGCAGCAAAUGCUCAAGGCCAGCGUUCAAACAGUAAGACUGCCAAAGCGAAGGCACGGAAGCGAAAGAGAUCACAUUACAGUGAUGAAGAAAGUGAGGACGAGCUGACGGAGGAAAAUAGUGAGAUAGUGACAUCGAGCACAAGCUGAUGAAGAGGAAACGCCAAUAAUCCUGAGAGUGACAGAAAAAGGUACAGCAGCCAGAACAGUGGUAACAACUCAGGGAAGUGCAGGGGACGACCAAGAAAGAAUCAAGUCGUUGAAGACACUUAUAAAGACAUUUAAAAAGUUAUUGAGCUGAGGACUUAUUAAGAUAAAUACAGUUCAGAGUGUCAUACAGACGUGGACGGUUUUUCAUGACAUAUUUGAAUAAUAUAACAUGAGAAACUAAACAUGCACACUCAGGCUGGGGACUUCUCAAACUUCAUUAAGACAUCAUGUCACUUUGAUUUCAAGAUACUUUUGAAUCCUGUUCACUGAUGUGUAUACCAUGAAACUAAUCUAGGCAAAUUAGAUUAAACUUUGUUGAUGUUUAGCACCAGUUUCAGUUUUCCUUUGUGUUAUAAUGUUCAAUAACUCCAUAACACCAUUAUGUACUGCAUAGGAAGCAAAUACAGUGAGGACAAUGUGUCGAUACUGUGAUAUCAGUCAAGAUGUUGUCUUAGAUUCUGGAUAUUGUAAAAUAGUAAGAGUUGUCGAAAACAGUGUGUAAAUAUUUUGUUAAAGCAUCAGUAGUCAACCCUACAAUAUCACUGUGAUAUACACCCAGUGGCCACUUUAUUAGGCACACCUGUUGGAGUCCAAUGCAGCAGCUCUGUCAUGUAGUCUACCUUUACAAAGUCUAUAAUGUUCAGUUUUUGUUGACAUUGUCAUUGUCAGAAAGAGGGGCAGAAUACAUAUA